AUGCUCGCCAAGGUACAGAUCCUGCAGAAGAAGUGCUCAGGACAAGCGCACUCUACUGUGAGCGUGAUGUUGUUAACCUAUGGAUAUCAAAGUCCUACGAUGGUAGACACUGUCGAAGUGCAGGUAGGCCGUGGACUUGAUGUUUCCAAGGAGUCAGACAUCCGACGCUUCCACGCUUCGCAUAAUGAAAUCACAGUUUCAAUGAAAGUUAAGACGCAGUCUGCCACUCCAUUCAAACGCCCGUUUCCAAUACCCGAAUGCCCUAUUGGAAAAGACGUUCUCAACGAAGGUCUACCGGCCGGCACGUUCCUGUCAAUACGCAUGCUUUGGCAACCUUCACUAGUCUUAACGCAUCCAUGUUACAGAGUGCCACCUUGCGUCAAGAUAUGCCCAAGCUACAGGGCGACCGAAUGGAGAAAGGGUCUUACGCCGAAAAGGCGAUCACAUUCCUCACGAGCGGGCAUGCGGCCGCUGAAACAUGCUAGGCACCAAUCACCCUUGCUACCAUCGGAGUUCAAUGCGGGCGUCACGAACCAUUCGCAAGAAACUCGUUCAAUCCGUAUUUGGAACAACGCUAAGAUCGUUAAACACCUACAUCUCGAUUCAUCACUCAGAGCGCCCAAAAUGAUAAGAUCCAAGAUGGGAAUUGGUGGGAUUGAAGUUUCUUUGGCUAUAAUUGUGAAACUCGGAGCCAUUCGGCUUGCUAGUUGGAAGGAUGUUUUUAGCUGGAUUUGCGUCCGUAUUAAUAUUAUCGGUGGUGGAUUAUCAGCUGGUCUUGCCGGUUAUCUAGCGUACGGUAGAGGAGUCCAUGAGGCGUGUUCUCUGAACAUGGCAGUUAGUUUUAGUUCCACGAUCAUUUGGUGGGGUGGUAUCCUCAAUGAUGUGGAAGUCGGCAGAAACAGUAAUAUCAAGAUUGAACAGAAGCCUGAAUCUACUGAAGGGAGGCAGCUGCCUGCGUCGGCGUACUGGCCUGCAGGCGGUGAUUUCUGCAUAGAAAAUCUGACCUGUCUUUCCACAUCAAAUCAGGUGAAUGCGUUGCUAUUGGUGGCGUCCCCAACCUGCUUCUACUUAGCUAAUCCAAAUUUACUGGGGCGAACUCGAAAGGCGCUUGCCGCAUACGAGUGCGUACAGGACAACUCCAAAACUCCAUACAUCAACCUCUGGACCUACGCAGACCUUGGCAUUAAGGAGCUGAAGAGCCACGAAGUAUGGUGA